UGGAGCUUAAAUUAAAGCAAUGAAAAAACAUUAAAUUCCUUAUUAAACUUGGCAAGAGCGGAAGUGAAAUCAGGGACAUGUUAGUCUGAGUUCAUGGGGAUAAUGCCAUGAAGAAAACAGUAGUAUACUAAUGGAUUAAAUGUUUUUCUGAGAGAGAGAACGUAUCAUUGAUGAUGAGAGGUCAGAAGGGUAGACAGUAAGAAGCAGAACUGAUGAAAACAAUGAAAAAAUGUGUUGAAUUGUUUGUCAAAAUCAUCAGCUGACUAUGAGAAGCAUAGCAGACCAAGUGAACACCAAUAGAGAAAUAGUUAAAAUCUUAACUGAAAAUCCUGGCGUGAGAAAGAUAUGUGCAAAAAUGGUCCCAAAGGAGCUCACUGACACACAAAAGCAAAGGAGAGUCAAGUUUGGCAAGACUUUGGAAGAGAUAAGACAGAGUUUUGGUUCAUAUUAUCAUUGGUGAUGAAACCUGGGUGUACAAAUACAACCCUCGGACAAAGCAUCAGAGUGCACAAUAGCCACAACCAAAAAGCUCCAUCAGCCCAAAUCAAGAGCCAAAACAAUGUUGCUAAUCUUUUUUGAUUUUGGAGGAAUUAUUCAUUAUGAAUUUAUACCAACUGGACAAAUAGGUAACCAAGUUUACUAUUUGGAAGUGCUGAAAAGACUGUGUGAAAAAGUUAGAUGAAAAUGACCUAAACUUUUUGCCAACAACUUACGGCUUUUGCAUCACAACAAUGCACCAGUUCUUAUGGCACUGUCAGUGAAGAAGGUUUUAACCAGUAAACAAAGAACUGGAUUGGAACUCCCUACUCACCUGCUGUGGUCUCCAAUGACUUUUUUCUUUACCCGAAGAUAAGGGAAAUAUUGAAAGGAAGACACUUUGAUGACAUUCAAAGCAUCAAGGAUAAUAUGAUGACAGCUGUGAUGGCCAUCUCAGAAAAAGAGUUCCAAACUUGCUUUGAAGGGUGGACGAGGUGCUGGUUUUGGUGCAUAGCUUCCCAGGGGGAGUACUUUGAAGGUGAUAGUGAUUCUCAGCAAUGAGCUUUCCCGUGGUUCGGCAUGGACAUUGGUGGAACACUGGUUAAGUUGGUCUACUUUGAACCAAAGGAUAUUACAGCCGAAGAGGAACAAGAAGAGGUAGAGAACCUGAAGAGCAUCCGGAAGUAUCUGACUUCUAACACUGCUUAUGGGAAAACCGGGAUCCGGGACGUCCACCUGGAACUGAAAAACCUGACCAUGUGUGGGCGCAAAGGGAACCUCCACUUCAUUCGCUUCCCCAGCUGUGCCAUGCACAGGUUCAUUCAGAUGGGCAGCGAAAAGAACUUUUCCAGCCUUCACACCACCCUCUGUGCCACGGGAGGUGGGGCUUUCAAGUUCGAAGAGGACUUCAGAAUGAUUGCUGAUCUGCAGCUCCAUAAACUGGAUGAACUGGACUGUCUGAUUCAGGGCCUGCUUUACGUCGACUCUGUUGGCUUCAACGGCAAGCCGGAAUGUUACUAUUUUGAAAAUCCCACAAAUCCUGAAUUGUGUCAAAAAAAGCCGUACUGCCUUGAUAAUCCAUACCCUAUGUUGCUGGUUAACAUGGGCUCAGGUGUCAGCAUUCUAGCAGUGUACUCCAAGGACAACUAUAAAAGAGUUACAGGGACCAGUCUUGGAGGUGGAACAUUCCUAGGUCUAUGUUGCUUGCUGACUGGUUGUGAGACCUUUGAAGAAGCUCUGGAAAUGGCAGCUAAAGGCGACAGCACCAAUGUUGAUAAGCUGGUGAAGGACAUUUACGGAGGAGACUAUGAACGAUUUGGCCUUCAAGGAUCUGCUGUAGCAUCAAGCUUUGGCAACAUGAUGAGUAAAGAAAAGCGAGAUUCCAUCAGCAAGGAAGACCUUGCCCGGGCCACAUUGGUCACCAUCACCAACAACAUUGGCUCCAUUGCUCGGAUGUGUGCAUUGAAUGAGAAUAUAGAUAGAGUUGUGUUUGUUGGGAAUUUUCUCAGAAUCAAUAUGGUCUCCAUGAAGCUCCUAGCAUAUGCCAUGGAUUUUUGGUCCAAAGGACAGCUAAAAGCUCUGUUUUUGGAACAUGAGGGUUAUUUUGGAGCUGUUGGGGCACUGUUGGAACUGUUCAAAAUGACUGAUGACCAAUAGAGAUGAGCAGUCGUGGGAACAGCCUCCCGAGGGGACAGAGAACUGAAAACUGCUGCUGAGAAGAUGAAAGGCCCUGUGGGAUGGAAGCCAAGCCACUGUGGCAGAAGCACCUGCUGGAAUUGUAAAUAACUUAAAAUCCUUCUAGCUGAUCUUUUACUUAGGUUUUGAGCUAAUGAUUCAAAAUGGGGAAUAUAAGAAUUUUUUCUGUAUACUGUAUUUUUAAAAAAAAAAUUUGUGCAGCGUGGCCAAAUCUACCAAUUUUAUGCAUUAACUUUGAAAAGUUGUAUAAUGUUUAAGAAGGACCUGAUAUAUAAGCGCUGUUCACUUUUCUUCUGGGGUUUACUGAUCAGUGUGGUAAUUUUAACUUCAUUUAGUAAUUACUCUAGGAGAUUUUACCUUUACUUAUAUUUUUCAUGACGUUUCAUGAUUUGCUAUUGGUUUCAAAUGAAACUACAAAUCGGGCUUGUUUUACUGUGAACACUUUUGUUUGUUUGUUUGUUUGUUUACCCUUCUUUGUCUUGUUUUCCUGUUUGGAUGUCUUAAGAAAAAAGAAAAUCCUUCCCCCUGUUUCUGUCCUCUAAUGGUCUGCCUCCCCAUCCCAUAACAUUUCUGUGAUGUAAUUGUUUAUAUCAGUCAAGGUGCUGACUGGCCCAAUACAAAGUUAAGCACAAGAUCUGAAGUGCUGGAAAAUGCCUAUGAAGGGAAGACUUUGAAAGUGUUAAUGGAUUUAAUGAGUCUGGCAAAAGUUGUAAAUUAUAUGCAAUUUUGUCUUAUCCCUUAUAAAUAGAGUGAUUCUUUGGGCUUAUUUUAUGCUAGGUUAUGUUAAAUUAAAAUAGUCUAUAAUAAAGUAUCCUCAUUCAUGCCCAGCAUAUCAAUGGCAGCAAAUCCUUGUGCAAGAAGUUUGAAACUAACUGGGAAAAGUCUCCCAGUAGAUGCGUUAUUCGUAUCAGGAGAUUUAGGGUAAGUCAUGGCUUGAGGUGUCAGGUAAUAAUUAAUAUCUAUUUGUUUUGUAUAUAUAUAUGUACCUAGAAACUUUAUAACAAGACAUCUUAAAUAAUGUUUAAGUUUUUCAUUUUUAAUAUUUUAAACUGAAAACUGUACUUCAAUCCCAGUUUCUAAAAUUUAAAAAAUAAUUUAUGAUACUAAUCUAUAUAUUUUCUCCUUUUGAAAGACUCUAUUAAAACUGUUGGUUAACUUUCAAAUGAAGGUCAUGUACCAAUAUUAGAACGCAUGAGGUCUAAUGAUCUUGUGUUUGUUGAAAGGGAUUUUUGAAGGACAGUAUAAUUACUCCACGAUGGAUCUUUCCUUCUCUGCCUUCUGAGCACCAUCUUUAAUAUCUAUAUCUUCAAGUCUUGAAGAAGUUGAUGCUAAUUGAAGAAUUCACUUGUCUGGUUCAAAUAAAGCCUGUUUCUGUUGUGA